AUGGAUUACAGUUCCGACACUCCACCUCCCCCGCCUCCCAAGCCCAGCAGCCACGAAGCCAGUCGAGGAGGCACUCCCCAACUCAACUCGCCCUUGCCAGGAACGCCACAACAGCUUCACAGACCCUACAAUCCACAAGACAGAGCAAGCAUGUAUCCAGGGAACCGGUAUUCGUCGCCGGGGGUCUCUCUUCCGGGCUCCCAGAACGCGCUGCCUCAGCCCCCACCUAUCGAAGAAGGCUGGCUACCGAGCGGUGUGAAGGAUAAGACGACUGUGGAUCUGCAAACCAUACUCAAAGACCCAAACCUCAUUUCGGCACUCUCGAGCCAACACCCCUCCUACGCGGCGCAUCAGCAACAUCUCCAAUCCCUCCUGACAUAUAACAAAGACCUGGCGAACCGGCUCCUGGAGCUACAGUCGCAAAUGUCCGAGCUGCGGUCGUCAACGGAGACUCUCCUCCUGACCCACCAGUCACUGGAGGUCUCGUGGCGGAAAAAGCAGUCGGAGAUGGACGCCGCGUUGGCCCCGUGGUCGCCGAAGGCGUUGUAUCAGAGACUGGCUGCUUCAAUCGCAGAGCAAGAGGCCGUCUGUCGUGCGGUUGAGGAGAGUUUCCUGGAGGAGGAACACCAUGGCCGGGCGUCUGAGAAGGAGGUCGCGGAUUGGGUCCGACGGGUCCGGGCUGAGUCGGCCAAGUUGGCCGCCCGGCGAGAGGCGAAAGCUAGAUGGGAUGAGGGAAGAGUUGGGGGUUGGAGAUAA